AUGGGCAGGGUGACCGACCCCAUCACGACCGACAUGACUCAGGUUCAUGAGCGGAAGAGGGUGAUGACGGGGGUGGUCGAAGCCGAGCUGAAGUGGCUGAAGAACGAGGAUGAAGCUUACACAACAAUGGUGAAGGAGAAAGAAGACCUGAAAACCGAGAACGCUCAACUGACAGAACGGUUGAAAAUGAUGGAAGCCCAAAUCGGUCAGUGGGACCCGAGCCUACUCUCUGCGAAGACUUCCAAACACUUCAAGGCAACGGAGGACAACAAAGCGACCGAGAACGAUACAGAAGAUGAUGCUGAGUCGUCUACAAAGUCCCAAGAAUGGCCCACACCUCAACUCAAUCGCGUGGAAUGGGCGUCGUUCUCCGCAUCCUAUCACCAAAUGAAAGAGACCUUCACAAUGGACGUGUUGGAGGGAGAGCCAGUAAUCAGCUUUAUGUCCUACUACCGGCCAAGAGUGUCUCCGAGGAAAGAAAAAGCCCCAGUGGCAAAGAAGAGACUGUCUCCGCCGGGUCAAGGACCCAUGCCAGAGCGUAUCCGGAUCAACUCCCGUCAAAUCCUCAAGAUUCUUCAGAAACUGGAGCCCGACAGCUUCACCGAUGAUGAGGAUUCACUAGUCAUGAUUCGACCUUUCAAAGCUCUGGUGUAUUUUGAGGACCAGAUCCGUCAAAUCCACCAGGUGCUCGUGGAGAAGCACCGUGGAGCAAACCCUGACUCACCCGUGACGCAGCAAGAAGACGAGAACGAAGGACAAAGGACGGGAGAAGAAAAUCGCCACGAUCCAGCCAACGAUGAACGAUCGGAAGACAAUCGCGAAGGCGAGGGAGAACAGGGUAACCCCGUGAAUGAGUUACAAGUGUUGGUGGAAUUCCUUGAUACAGACAUCAAGGCCAAGAUGGACUACGUCCGCAGUGAUCAGUGCCACAGGGUGUCCUUUGCUGAUGUCUGGUAUUUAUUCCGCCCAAGAGAUGAAGUUGUAGACCAGGGCGGAAAGCAAGCAUAUCGUAUCAUCGGGGUCACCAGCUCGCCUCAUAAGGUGAUGUCACCGUACAGAAACUGGGAGACUUCCACCAAGGAUGAGCAAACGGUGAUGCUCCACUGCGUGCAUAUUGACUUUGACGGGAAAUACCUAGGGCCAGUACUGCAGACGUUCCGCAUCGCCCGGUUUGACGGCGAGAAGACGAUCACCUCGCUUCGUAUCUUCCCCUUACGACUGGCAGGAACCUGGGCAGGGGAUCUGAUGACCACGGUUGAUGUUCGCCAGAAGCUCAUCGCCCGAUGCAAGAUGUUUAUCGAUGUUCUAGCCAAGAAGCACAUGCACUACAGUGGGCUGACGCUAGAAACUCGUGACGAAGUAGACGGACAAGUAGUGAUUGAUUUCGAAAAGGCCUUUGAAAGCGAGGAUAAGGCGAAGCAACCAGCUGAGUUAGAGAACAAUGUCGGGGAGGAUGGCGCAGAAGAAGAGUCUGACUGCACGGCCGCGUGCUGCGCCAGAGAACGCGUCCACAAGGACAUGUAUGCCGAGCAAAAGCGAAACAAACACUAUCGCAACACUCUGAUUCCGGAGGAGCUCUCCCAGCAGCCGUCGGCGGCUAUCCAUCACCGUGUGAAGGAUUCUCGAUCAUCCGACGAUGCCCUUUCUGACGACGAUUAUGUGAUCAUGAGUUAUCGCGUCUUCGGGUUUUGUCUUCGAAGUCGUAAGUGGGAAAAGCUCGAUCUCACUCACCUGAGUUACAUUCGAGGCAUUCGGGAAGGCCACAAGAAGAUUCUGUUGUCUCUCGUUGCCCAACACUACCGAGACAAGGAAUCUCCCUCUGCUGCGAACGAGCAGGUGGAUAUUGUGCGCGGGAAAGGCAAGGGACUCAUCAUUCUCCUUCGCGGCGCGCCCGGCGUAGGUAAAACUACAACAGCAGGUGACCUGGGAACCACAGCCCAAAGCGUGGAGCAUGCCCUUGAGACGAACUUUGCCUUGGCUCACCGGUGGGGUUGUAUUCUCCUACUAGAUGAGGCCGACGUUUUCCUAGCUAAAAGAAUACCCCAGGAUUUCAAGCGAAAUGGGUUGGUGUCUGUCUUCCUACGAGUGCUCGAGUACUAUGCCGGAAUCCUCUUUCUUACUACCAAUCGCAUUGGAGACUUCGAUGAGGCUUUCGGAUCACGCAUCCAUAUCAGUCUACAAUACCCCCAAUUGACGCUAUCAGCUACGAAGGAGAUCUUCUUGUUAAACAUGCGGCUCAUCCGGCAGCGAUUCACGGAAAAGAAGCGGAACAUUACCGUCGACCAAGAUAGCAUUCUAGCGUAUGUCGAGAAGUACUGGAAGACUCACAAGAAAAUGCGAUGGAAUGGACGACAGAUUCGCAAUGCGUGCCAGACCGCACUGGCCUUGGCGGAAUUCGAAGCUGGGGGUGGCAGUCACGAGAAGAUCAUCGAUCCUACUGCGGAGGUCACACUCAGUAUCACGCAUCUUGAGACUGUUUCGAAGGCUUAUCUCGAGUUCAUGCAGUAUUUGAAGAAGCUAUACAAGGUCGACCAAGACAGACUAGCCCAGCGACGAGGGGUCCGCGCCAGGGAGUCAGAUGGCAAGGAAAUG